AUGCAGAAACAAACUCGCGGUGGUCUCACAGCUGCUACAGGAAACAUUCUGAACAGUAUUUCACCUAAUGUAGGCAGACUAAGUGGUAAACAGGUAAGACAAGGCGAGGCUUCGAAAAUCGUCAGAGCAGCAAAUGCGCUAUCGACUACAGCCAACAGUGACAUCAAAACUUUAGGGGAAAAUAAACCUGGGUCGAGCAUAUCCUCGGAACGCUCCGAUGAGGCAGAAUCUGAAGCCGUUCUGCAACUUAAUGAGUUCAAAGAUCAAUGCGUUACCAGUCAAAAAGUGACACCGCUUUUUAUUGGCGAUUUGAACCAGUGCGUUACUGAGAAGAUGCUCAAAACUGUGUUCUGCAAAUUUCCAUCGCUCCAAUCAGUGAAGAUCUGCGUUGACGCAGCUACCAACAGGUCUUUAGGUUACGGGUACCUCAACUUCUCGUCCGAAGACGACGCUCAAAAAGUGAUCGAGGAGUUUAGCUAUGUGAAUCUCUUUGAUAAAGAAGUAAGAAUCAUGCCAUCAAUGAGAAACGCAUUUUUCAGAAAGAACAUUGGCACCAAUGUAUUUUUUGCCAAUCUUCCUCUCGAAAACCCAAAUUUGACAACGAGAGCGUUUUAUGAAACAUUCAAUCACUAUGGGAGAGUGCUUUCUUGUAAAUUAGAUAAACGGAAAAAUAUUGGGUUUGUCUAUUUUGAAAGUGACGCUGUUGCGAAGAAGGUCAUCGACGAGUUUAAUAACACCGAUUUUUAUGGUAAUAACAUCUCGUGUGGGCUGCAUUUUGAUAAGGACAUCAGGAAAUCGCCAGAAUUUGAGAAAAGGAAAGCAAAGUUGGAAGGGUUGACCAAGGAAAGUUUGAUAACCGAUGAUGAGACAGAAAUAGAAUAUGGUGAGCGUUCCAACGGCCCUCACCCUAACUCUAUCCAUGUUAAAAAUUUACCGACAGGCGCUGAUGAUGAGACUCUUCUCGACUUUUUCAGUAAAGUGGGGCCCGUCAAGUCUAUAUUCACAGCAAAAUGCAGGCUUCACAAAGAUUCUAAUUGGGGAUUUGUGACUUACAAAAAAGGGUGCGACACACACCAAGCUUUAGAAAAGUUCAAUGGCGCCUACUUGCAGGGCAAACAAUUGGUUGUAACCAAAGGCCAGAAGAAAGAUUCGCGGAAUAAAUGUGUUGAUACUCCCGAGAGGAAGAGCGUUCAUAAAAAAUCAAUCGCGUCUUUACUCUCAAACGGCUAUAGACAAACACUGUAUCUCAGCAAUCUGAGUUCUAUCUGUAACGAGCAAUUUUUGACUCAACUAUGUCAUACUGAAAAGAUAAGUUACAGAAGAAUUCUUAUUGAUCAGUAUGAUGAGGAUAGCUUAACAUUUGUCGGCAAUAUUUUGUGCAAUUCUCGUCCGGAUGCUAACAGAUUGUUUGAGUCACUUAACGGGAAGCUCGUUGGGGACAGCGUGGUACAAAUAUCAUGGAGGCCAUUUUUUACGCAAACGCAAGUGCCUUUUGCUAGCAGCAAACUUAAUGGCUCAUCUCAGCAAGAAUCAAAUAGCUCGGUGGGGGGAGCCAACCUUUAUGCUGGGCCAAGAAAUGCUUCCCGAUAUGAGCGUCACACCAUGUACGCGCCUUCAGUUGGAAGUGUCGAGCGAGGACCUCCGCACUUUGCGAAAAGUCAACUCCUUGACGUCUUGAAGAACGAGAUCAGAAAGUCGAUGGAUUUUAUCACUUACCCCAACGCUUCUCGAGAGGCAAACCUGAAAUGUAUAUCGGAGUACAUUUUCGACGUAUAUUGGCGUUCUGACGUAGAGAGUCUGGCUAAGUUCAUACUAUUAAUGAACACGAAACCACAACAUGGAAGGAUUUUGCAAAAGCAGGUGCAAGAGGCUGUUGUUUUCUUGGGCUUUCAACGGUAA